UUUAACUAAUGUACAAGAUUUAACAUUAAACUCAUUUAAUAAGACUGAUGGCUUUGCAUCCAGUCAAGGAGGAAGCACUUCUGGUGUGGAUUAACAGCCUGCAACUUGAUGAGCCUGUGCUGCAGAUCUCUCAGCUUCAGAAUGGACUCCUUCUGCUCAAGUUUGUAUAUAAACUGAAGGGAGAGGAGCCCAGUCAGGCUCCUGUACAUCUGCCCCAAGCAGAGAGGCUGUCAAUCAUCACUGAAUUCCUACACAGUGUGUGUCAUGUAGAGGACUGUGUUCUCCUCACAUUGGCGAAGGGGAAGCAGCUCGUGUUAGAGCUAACAAAGGUUGUCUUGCUGCUGUGCUACUAUGGUCUCGUUAACAAUGGACUUGUGCCCAAAGUGGAGUUUGAAACUGAGUUGCAGAUGGCGACCAUGCUGCGUUAUGUUCAACAGAAGGAGAGUGGCCUGUUUUUGUGUGACGGCCUGGAAAAACUUCUCACUACAAGCUCUCUGAUCCACACCUCAUCCAGCAGCAGUGUGUCCUCUCAAUGCGAGGACGGCUCACCCCUUUUCCCCCGUGCACGACGAUCUCCAUUCGUCUCCUUUGUGGAGCUGAACACCGUGGCCUCCAGCUCGUUUGUUGGCUCUCCAAUCCAGGAGCUGAUGAGCACGCCGCAGGUUCAACUGAAACGACUGCGUGAAGAGCUGGCGCGGGAGGGAGACGUUCGAGACGAGCUGGAGAAAGAGUUAGCCGAGCGCAUCAGCAUCAUAUCAGAGAAAGAGGGUCAGAUCAGUCAACUCCAGCACAGGUUGCAGAGGUUACUGAGGGAUCAGGAGGAGCUUGAGAAGACGCACAAAUCCACACUCAGCGAAUUGCAUCAAAAAAACGAGGGACUUCUCCAAAGGGUCCACGAGGUCUUGAAGCAGUGCCAAGACCUAAAAACGGACAACAGCCAAAAAGAGAGGCGCAUCGAUGGGCUGUUGGAGGAGAAUGGAAUGCUUGCUGCACAGGUAAGAAACACCUUUGCCCAACUAGCAAGGGCUGAGGAGGAAGUUGCCAAGCUAACAGAGGCUCAUGAGACGUCCCAGAUGGAGUGGGGGAACAGGAGAGACUCGCUGCAGAGAGAGCUGAGCCAGGUCCUCACUGACAGGGAAUGCUUUAGUGAGCAGAUUCAGAUCUUACAAGGAAAGAUUUCUGUCCUGGAGGAUGAGCUUGCUAAACUACUGGAGCAACUACUAGAGAAGGGUGAAGUACUGGGGCCGAUUGUGGAGCGUGAGAAACUGAAGCAGGAACUGACAGACCUGACUCUGAAACUUUCUCAACUUGAAGAAACCAUCUCCCGGCUCGAGAGGGAAAAGGCCGCCGUGGAGAUGCUGCUAUCGGAAGAAAGAUCUUCUUUCGAAAAGGAAACCCUGCGCCUACAAGGACUUAUUUCAGACCUCCAGCAGGCAAUAAACAACAUACGGGCAGAGAGGGAGGCUCAGGAACGAGCCGCCAAGGAAAAACAAGAAGCUCUUGCUGCUCACAUCGCAGCUUUAGAAACCGAACUGACCCGUCUCCGACAGCUGGAGGUCCAGCUGACCGAGGAGAUCGCCGCUUCCGCCGAGCUUCGUCAGCAACGUGGAGAGCUGGAGGCCAAGGUGGCGUCCUUGGAGGAUACGGUUAAUAUGCUGCAGUCCAAGGGCCAGGCCAUGGAGGCAGAGAAUGUGGCACAGCACGAAGUCCUCAAUGCCGUGAGGGCUGAAUUGCAGAAUGCUCAGAUUUCUCUGGCAGAAUAUGAGCAGAAGUUGGCCGACCAUCAAAAAGUGGUAGAAGAGAAUUCCUCCCUCCGUGCUAGGAUCUCUGCCUUGGAUGACACAGUUGCACUUCUGCAAAGUGAGAUUGAUGCAGAGAGGAAGAGAUGUGACUCAGUUCUCGCAGAAAAGGAGCAGCAGAAAGCUCUUAUGGAGGAACAGUUCCAAAAACAGGAGCAAAAGGCUCAUGAGAUGUUGGCGGAGUUAGACACUCUGAGUCAGGAACUUCGCAAGAUGAAGCGACAGAAGCUUGAUGCUGAAUCGUGUGUAGAGAAGCUUACUCGGGAGGGAAUGGAGCUUAAAGCCAGCCUCACAGAGGAGCGAGAUCAAGCGCAGUCACAACUGGCUCAAGUAAAGCAAGCGAAAGAUGAAACUGAGCUGGAACUUCAGUGUAUCAUUAAGGAUCAUCAGAGCAACAUAUUACAGUUACAGAGUAAGAUCGAGAGUACUGUCGAGUCUCUGAAGCGAAGCGAGUGCGACCUGCAGAUUCUGAGAGAGAAAAUAUCUUCCAAAGAUGGAGCACUUCUAGUACAGCAACAGGAGCUUUCCAAACUUCAAAAUAACACAGACACUCUGCAAAAGCAUCUCUCUGAGGUUGAGAGUAACUCGCAACAACUAAGUCAAGAUUUGGCCUUCAAAAAUAAAGAAGUUCAUGACUUAAAGGAGGAACUCGGUCUAAAGGAAGAAGAAAUCAAGUCCCUUAAGGUCAGCAUUCAGUCCGUUGAGACGAAGUCUGCCGAGAUGCGAGAUCUUCACCAGAAAGAAGUCGAGCAACAGAGCCUUGCUAUUGCAGAACUGAAGUUACAACUCGCUGACGCUGAAAAACUCAUUUCUGAGAAGGUCAAAGCUUUGGAGGAUCUUGCUCAGCAGUUAAAGGAUUUGAAGGAAGAGCUUUCCAAUGAAAGAGAGCGAGCUACUGUACUGGAACAUAGUCUCGAGACUUCGAAAGAGGCCCAUCAAGCUCAGGAACAGACUUUAAAACUGGAAAUUGUCCAACUGCGACUGGAAAUCGAUGGACAGCUGAAGAAGUUGGAAGAGUCAGUAGUUGAGAUCAAAGCUCUUAAAGAGGAAAUUACUCAUCAGCGGGACAUUACGUCUCAGAAAGAACAGGAGGUUUCUGCUUUAGGGGAGAGAAACAAAGCUCUAGAAGAAAACCUGUCUCUGCUUGAGGAUAAACUAGCAGACGCCUCUGCUCUUGCUACAGAACGGCAACGUGACCUGCUUGUGCUCCGAGAGGAGGUUCAGCAUCAAGAAGACGUCAGAGCAAAAGCUCAGGAACUUGAGGAGACUCAACGUAAAGAGCUGAAACGAGAGGUGACUGAACUUCAAGCUAGAGUUCAGGAGCUUACAAGUCUGGCAUCUGAAAGAGAAGCGCUGCUCGAUUCGGUCCGUGAACAGCUAAAAGAACAAGAAGAAUCCAGCCAGAAACUCCUCCAACGGUCUGAAGAAGCUCUCCAGGGAGAACUUAAGAAGGUUGUGGAAUUACAGGGUCUGCUGAAUUCUGCCACUCAGCAGACGACGGUUACAAACGAGCGUUUGGCAUCAGCAGAAGUAAAGCUAAAAGAGAUGGAGCAGUUGUGUCAAGAGAAAGAGACGAUUGCCGUGAAUGCUCGUCAGGCCAAGGAAUUUUUGGAACAAACAGUAGCUGAACUUGGUACCAAACAUACUCAAGAGCUGGAUACGUAUCAGCAAGAUUUAGAGACCCUGAAGAAGCAGAAGGAGAAUCUUUCUUCCAUGAAUGAGACUCUUCAGGCUGAGUGCCAGAAUUUGCAGUCAGAAAGAAAGGAGCAAAAAGAAACACUGAGUGCACUUCAGGAUAACCUGCAGAGUACCAAAGAUUGUUAUGAGAAAGAUCUAGAAGCUUUAAAGAAGGAUAAAGAACAUCUUUCUUCAGUGAACCAUUCCUUACAAUGUGAGUGUCAGAGUCUGCAGGCAGAGAACAAAAGGCAUCAGGAAGCUAUGGAUACUCUUGAGGCUGACCUGCAGAAUGUUCAAACUGGGUACCAGCAACAGUUAGAAACUGUAGAACAAGAGAAGCAACAUCUGUGUUCAGUAAAUCAAUCCCUUCAGAACGAGUGCCAAAACUUGCAAUCAGAAACCAAGGCACAACUGGAGGCUCUGGAUACCCUUAAGGUUGAUCUGGAGAAAACCAAAGAUGAAUAUCAGAACCAGUUUGAGACCCUCAAUAAAGAAAAUGAAGAUCUUUCACUGGUGAACCAGUCCCUUCAAAAUGAGUGCCAAAACCUGCAGUCAGAAACCAAGGAGCAACAAGAGGCUCUGAAUAGUUUAAAGGCAGACAUGAAGAACAUGCAAGAUGUCAACCAGAAAGAUCUUGAGACCAUUAAACAGGAGAAAACGCACCUUUCUGAAGUAAACCACACCCUACAGGAGAAAUGCGAGAACCUGCAGGCAGAGAAUGAUAAGCAACAGGAGGAUCUAAAUACCGUAAAGACCGACCUGCAAAACACUCAAGAAAGGUACAAGCAAGACUUGGAAACCUUGAAGAAGGAGAAGGAAGACCUUUCUUCAGUGAACCAGUCUCUAGAGAGCGAGUGCCGGAGCUUGCAGGCAGAAACCGUUGAUCACAAAAAGGAGAUAACUGCCCUUAAGACUGACCUGCAGGACACACAGAAUAGGCACAAACAAGAGUUAGAGAUCUUAAUGAAAGACAAGGAUCAUCUUCUCUCGGUUAACCAGUCCUUCCAGAGUGAGUGCCAGAACCUGCGAGCGGAGAACGUAGAGCAACAGGGCAUCGUAAACAAUCUGAAGGCCGACCUGCAGUGCACUCGAGAUAGUUACCAGAAAGAGUUAGAUUCCCUGAAGGUGGAGAACGAACAACUCCUUUCGGCAAAGCAGUCUCUCCAAAGUGAGUGCCAGAACUUACAGGCAGAGAACAAGGAGAAGCAGGAGACAUUAAACACACUUAAGGAGGACUUGCAGAAAGUCAAAGAUGGGUACCAGCAAGAGUUAGAAUCCUUGACGACCGAGAAAAAUCAUCUUUCUUCAGUGACUCAGUCCCUGCAGGAAGUAAACCAAGAAAAAGAUGAUGCAUUAAAUGCAAUCAAGGUUGACUUGCAGAAUUCCAAACUGGAGCACCAGCAUGAGAUGGAAGCUUUGAAAAAUGAGAAGGAAGGUCUGUCUCUAAAGAACCAGUCCCUUCAGUCUGAGUGCCAGAACCUGCAGGCAGAAAACAUGAACCACAUCAAGGAAUUAAGUGACCUCAGGGUUGAGCUGCAAAGUGCACAAGAUGGCCACACUAAAGACGUGGAGACGAUGAGGGAAGAGAUGGAAGAUCUUUCUUCAGAAAAGCAGUCCCUCCAGAAAGAGUGCCAAAACUUGCAAGCAGUGACUCAGGAGACCCUAAACACACUCGAGGCUGGGCACCAAAAGGAGUUGGACACCUUGAAGAAGGAGAAGGAAGAACUCUCUUUGGUAAACCAUUCGGUCCGGAGCGAGAGCCAGAAUUUGAAGGCAGAGAACAAGAGCCAGCAGGAUGAGUUGAGCACCCUCAAGGCUGAUCUGCAAAAUGCCCAAAAUGAAUAUCAAAAAGAUUUGGAAGCUCUAAUGAAUGAGAAGGAGCAACUUUCUGCAACAAAUCAGUCUAUUCUUAAGCGUUGUGAGGCUGCCCAGCAAGUCGAAGCAGAGCUGGUGUCUGUGAGAGAAGCUUCUCAGAUAACACAAAACGAGCUUCAACAGCAAGUAGAAGGACUUCAAUUAAAGAUGAAGGAAUUUUCAACACUAGCUGAUGAAAGAGAGACUGAAAUACGAAGAGCUCAAGAAUCUGUAAUGGCUCUUGAAACAAACAUUGUUCAGCUUCAGGUCCAGCUUGAUAAAGCUUCUAAACUUGAGUCCGAGAGAACGUCCGAGCUGAACUUGCUCCGUGUUCAGUUCGUCGAGUGCGAAAGGCAGAAACGAGAUGCCCAGCAGGCUGUCGAGAGCUUAGAAAGCGCAGUCUCUGACCUUCACGUGAAGCAAAAGCAAGAGCUUGAUGACUACCAUCAAGAACUAAAGUCCUUGAAAAAUGAGAAGGAUCAUCUUACCAGGGUGAACGACUCUCUUCAGCAAGAAACCGACGACCUGAGGAACACACAGAGCGCCUUCCAGCGUCAAGUAGAAACUCUAAAGAAGGAGAAUGAGAAUUUCACUCUACUGAAGCAGUCUCUGCAGAGGGAGUGUGACGCCUCUCAGAGGCUUGGAGCGGAGCUGGAGGCGAAGCUGAAGGACCGAAGCGAGUCGACGCGUGCUCUGAAAGAGGUUGCUCAACAACGAGAGAAGCAGAACCAAGAGUUGCAAGAGCAGCUCAAGGCAAAGACAGAAGCAGUGGAUCACUACAAAGCACAGGUAGAAAAGGCCAAACUUCACUACAAUGAUAAAAAGCAACAACUGCUGGAGGAGCAGGAAGCUCGUCAGGCUCUCCAGGCCUCUUUGGAGACUAGCGAGAGUGAAGCAAAGGCCCUAAAAGCUGAGCUUAAACUGGUCACCAUUGAGCUGAACACACUCAAGACGUCAGAGAAGAAUCUGAUGGUCAAGGUCAAGAGUCUGGAGACUCAGCUGGUUUACGCAGACCGCCAAUUAAGAGAACAACGAAAGCAGGGAGGUCAAAAUGCACCUGUAAAACACAGAGAAAGCGUUUACCUGAAGAUCCCAGGAGACCUGCAGCAGAAUGCCAGUACAGACAGUCUAGACAUUGACCUGGAUGACUCUCUAAAUAAUGCUGGUAAACCCGCGGUGCCUGGUGAGUCCAGCACUCCUUUAGUCAGAAGCUCUGAAAGGCUGGCAGCCAAACGUCGCAGUCAGGAUCGCGGAUCCCUCGAGACGCUCUACUUCACUCCCAUGAUGCCACGUACGAAGAAACGUGACGUCACGACAAACGAACACAAACUGGAAAGCAGCAUCGUGUCGUUCGGCGACCUGACGCUCGACUCUGCGAGAAAACCGAGCUCCUCGGUCCGGAGACGCAGAACCACUCAGGUCAUCAACAUCACCAUGACCAAGAAAACCCCUCUCGGAGGUGGCGGUCGGGUCGAUGCAGACGAAUCUUUCUUCAGCCUUCACGCCGCUCAGUCUCAGCCCAAUCUGGCCUCCCACAAGACUCGUCCAAUCUCUACAGAGAUCUUCGAGGAGCCAAACAAACUCCUCGGCCUGCCUGGAUAUCGACGAAGCACCGUACAUGCAAACGCUCCCUCUCGCACCACGAGUACGUUCUGCGUGGGAGCGGAAUACGAGCCCGACCACGUUGCUGAUGACUGGAUGAGGAUUGCAGAGCUGCAGUCUCGCAACAAAGCCUGUCUACCUCACCUAAAGAGCAGCUACCCACUGGAGUCCAGGCCCAGUCUGGGAUUCUCGCACCUCCCUGUAACUGAUGAGGAUGUUCGGACCGGCGAUCCUGACGACACCAUUCGCCGAGCCUCCAUACUGCCCGGUCAGCUCACAGAUUCCAUCUCGGCGCAUCGCCUCUCCCUGGCGCCACCUCCAGCUCCCAAAGCUUAUAAUCACGCCCCUAACCAGCGUGCACGUCAGGUCUCCAGAACGAAAGAGGUCCGAUCCACACGAAGCCCGCUGGCCCCUAAACGCCCUGCAGGGCAGGUACAAGACCUGGAUACUCCUGAGGCUAAAAAGCUAGCAAGCUGUUUUCCUCGUACUCCCAAAAAUAGGAACCUUCGUUCUAGCAACUCGCAGAAUGUGGCACCUUCACCUGCCGAUCGAAGGCAGUCCAUGGCGUUUGUGAUCGAUAACACCCCUAAGAAACCCGGUCAAGGUGACAGCCGGCUGCAGCGUGGCAUCAAUAAACUUCGAAAAUCUCCACGCACCACCAGCACAAAAUCACCAAAAAUCAUCAGCAGUGCAAAGAAGCUGAUGAAGUUCAGGAUGAAGAUGUAAAACUGCAUCUGCCUUCCUCCUGUGCAAGAAUGUGCAAUAUCAGCAUUGGUGGUCGUCAUGAUACUAAUUCAUUUAAUCAUUUUGGUGUUUUAUGUUUAUAAAACUCGUCAUUUAUUUUUCUAAAUAUAUAAACUCUUGCUGUUUUUGAUUGUGACGUUCAGAUUUGUGGAACUGUCCUAGUAAAGCUGCCAUUGAGCUCUACAUAAGGUUUCUUUUUGUGCCUUUUUAAAUAGUACAUCAGUGGCAUUCUCAAGUGUUGACUGACAUCAUUGUGGCACAUUCAUAUUUUAGCUUAAGUGGUAACGGUAAACAUCAGUGCUUUCAGUUGUAUAUGAUUUUGAAGAUUAUUCAUUAUAUUCAUACAUGUAUUCUGAUCUACAAGAAUAAUGCAACAUAUUUUUUAAAUUCUGGCUUUAUUUUUUCAGAUUUAGAUUUUACACAGAGCAGUAAAUAUAUUGUAAUUUUUUUUCCUGUCCUUUUUUCCUCGUCUGCAUCUUUAAAUGCCUUCUGUCUCACCAAUGUUCUGGAGAAUCUGGUGUAACUAUUAGUGAAACACUUUGCUGUAUUCUGUCUUUUUGUUUUGUCAGUCUGUAUCUUUGUUUUUGUAUUAUUCACCUCCUACUUAUUCAUGCUUUUAAAAGCUGAUUAUUUUGGUGUCUUUGAAUAAAUUCUCAUUUAAUUUAACAA